ACCUCUGGGCUUUGACAGCUCCCCUAAUAACUAGCAGCGCUACGGCCCCGCCCGCGGAGCACGAUUGGGCGGCGGGCCGGCACGACCCGCGCCGAUUGGCCGGGCGCUUCCCCUGAGCGAACCUUUAGAACUCCGAGACACAAUAUUCUGUUACAUUGUAGCAAAAUGGCGACUGUCAUUCACAACCCCCUGAAAGCGCUUGGGGACCAGUUCUACAAAGAAGCAAUUGAGCACUGUCGCAGCUACAACUCUCGGCUGUGUGCUGAGCGGAGCGUUCGCCUUCCCUUCCUGGACUCGCAGACUGGGGUUGCUCAGAACAACUGCUACAUCUGGAUGGAGAAGCGGCACAGGGGACCAGGCCUGGCCCCAGGUCAGCUGUACACAUACCCGGCACGUUGCUGGCGCAAAAAGAGGCGUUUGCAUCCUCCCGAGGAUUCCAGGCUGAAGCUGCUGGAAAUUAAACCUGAAGUUGAUCUGCCUCUGAAAAAAGAUGGCUUCACGUCAGAAAGUACAACACUGGAAGCCUUGCUACGUGGAGAGGGAAUAGAUAAAAAGAUGGACACUAAAGAGGAAGACCCUAUACAAGAAAUCCAGAGGGUUUUAGAAAAUGAUGAAAACGCAGAUGAAGUGAAUGAAGAAGAGGAUUUGGAAGAGGAUAUUCCAAAACGAAAGAACAGGCCAAGAGGACGGCCAAAGACACCCACCUGGAAAAAAAUUUUCCAGAAAAAUGCUCGGGGAUCUGGAGGUGGCAGGAGACGAAAUGAUGCUGCCUCCCAGGAUGAUCAUGACAAACCCUAUGUUUGUGACAUUUGUGGCAAGCGUUACAAGAACAGGCCUGGGCUGAGCUACCACUAUGCUCACACUCAUCUUGCCAGUGAAGAGGGUGAUGAAGCCCGGGAGCAGGAGACCCACUCUUCUCCUGUCCACAGAAAUGAAAACCACAAACCCCAGAAAGGACCAGAUGGGGUCAUCAUUCCCAAUAACUACUGUGACUUCUGCCUUGGAGGCUCCAAUAUGAACAAAAAAAGUGGCCGGCCUGAGGAACUUGUGUCAUGCUCAGACUGUGGGCGCUCUGGACACCCGACCUGCCUGCAGUUCACCACAAACAUGACUGAGGCUGUUAAAACCUAUCAGUGGCAGUGCAUUGAGUGCAAAUCCUGCAGCCUUUGUGGCACCUCUGAGAAUGAUGACCAGCUGCUCUUCUGUGAUGACUGUGACCGUGGCUAUCACAUGUAUUGCUUGAAUCCACCAGUCUUUGAGCCCCCCGAAGGGAGUUGGAGUUGUCAUUUGUGCCGGGAGCUGCUCAGAGAGAGAGCAUCAGCUUUUGGCUUCCAGGCCUGAGGAGCUCCAGCAAUCAAGAAACACUUUGCUCCUGUUGUUGUCAUACCAGCACACAAUUCCCAUCCAGAACACAAAGACACAGCCAACAUCAAAAUGAAUGGACACUGAAGUACAGGAAGAGGUAUCUGUGGUAUUCACUGUCACUGGUGCAGAACCUCCUGGGCUCUACUAGAAAAAUCACGUACUUUCCUGAUGCUCUGGAUGGAAUCUCUUCACUGCUAUGCAUGGUUGCUGCGUACCAUUAUGGGCUCACAUGCAUUAUAGGAGGGGGUGGGUUGUUAUAUCGAUAUGAAGAAGUCAGUUUUGUGUGGCCUUGUGCUUUCCAUUUAGUUUUCUUCUGAAGGAGAAAUAGUAAGAAAUCUCUCAAGGAUUUAUUGGUGAGUGCUUUGGUAGGAAUCAGCACUAGUUGUUAUUGCCCAAAGGCUUGCCUGGAAGUCUCUUUACUGCAAUUGCUCUGUGUUCUUAGUUGCGUUAGUUCAAUACGUCCCAUGUUGUGAACGAUGUGUUGUCACUGAGAGAAGCACUGAUCAGAAUUGGGGGAGUGACACUUUCUCUCUUAGAUCAAAUGCUUUGAUUUGGCAGAUCUUCAGACAUCUGGUUUCAGUGUUUCUGAAGGAACAGCGCUGCCAGUAUGAACAUACACAGACGCUUAAAUGCUGCAUUUGGUAUUUUUGGAUAUUCGGGCACACUGUCCCACUCCGGUGCUAUCACGUAGUUCCAAUGUAUCAUUUUAUUUUUACUGACAAAAAAUUGUGAGUGGUUCUACAUGUAACCGACUUGCCGUCCAGCUUAGAAAACUGAAUGAAAGAAAGCUGUCGUUUUAAGUUGACCACAGAAAAUAUAGGUUCCAGUUUUCUGAGCAGUCGACAGUAAGCCGAAAAUAGGAACAACGUUGGCAUAAGGUCACAUGAAGCACUUUUGAUAAUUUUUUCUGAUUUCUAAACUAAAAUAUUCUGCAAUUGGAAGCUGAAAUUUUAUCUUGGGAAUUGCCUAAGUAGAACCUCCAGCUCUUCCAGAAUUGUACUGUUUUGCUUUGUUUUUUAAUCAAAAUAGCUCUCAAGAUUUGUUUGAUUUUCAAAUCAUUUUACCCCCAAAUUGUCUGUAACUGCAUUUUUUUGCAGAAGCCUUCUCAAGCUCUGGUGAAAGGAACCUGAUAUGAAAGAUUUUUGUAGUUACUUUAAAAUUUAAAUAGGAAUAUUGUAGUUUGUUCAAACAAACCUCUGCAUGUGAAAUGGAGAAACGUUUAAGCGAGAGCAUCGAUUGAAAAAGUAUUUUCACAGUUGAGUCCCUUUGAUUAACUUAAGACAUCACCAGGAGGACAAGUGAGUACAUUACAACGUUGUUACCUGAUGCAUCUUUUAAGGUUAAAAACAUGCAACUCCCCAAACAGCCAAGUAGCCCAGAAUGACCGUUUUUGUGGGUGUGUUUCUUUCUAUGCAUCGAUUAAACUUGGAUUAAGGCAUACAUUUAUGAGAGUCCCAAGCAACAUGUGAUUUGAGUUGCCUGUACAAGUAGGUAAGAGCACUGAAGGUUAUAUUUGGGAUAUUUAUUCUGGUUGAAACUUUUCUGCAAAAUGAAGUGUCCCUGAAAGGACACUGUGAAAGAAUAGCAGUGAACUAAUUUUUCCUUUUUCUCCUGCUAAUUACACUUAGUUAGAAUGAACUAUACUGACCUAACGCACUUUUCCUCAUUACUUAGAUAGUUUCUUCACCUUUAGUGUUUUGUUCAGCUUACAGCAGUCGUGCCAGCUGUUGGAUUCUCCCAUGUGCUCUCAUGAUGUUGUCUCAGACUGCAGUGGGAGAACUUUAACCUGUUAGAAAAGGGGUUUAAGGAAGUGUUUAUCCUAGUUGUUUUGGACCAAAUUCCUCCAGGAAUGGCCACAAUUGCUACCUGUGACAUUAAUUCAGUACAUUAACUUUCUGUGUUACAGUCCUGGGCGAGCCAAGAGUAUAAAGAUAUUUGAGCAUCAGGUGUAGGACCUACCUGCAUGAGGUGUCUGGUACCUCUCUGGACAAAGCUGUAGAACAAAUGUCAAGCGAAGCUUCUUCUGCCCAGUCCAAGGAACUGCUCACUCCUGAGGUCCCAUUCUGAACUGCUGAGCUGCUGUCACCCAGUCUGAUGGCUGGCCCUGAGGACAUGUCCUGGUGGUAGAGUGUGAUUCUGGAUGCAGGGCAGCUUGGAGUGAGUCAUGUACAGGGGGAUCUGCCCUGAGCCUGGGGAGCACCCGUGGGCCACAGCUCCUCUGCAGGAGCUUUGGCACCUAUCUGAUCUGCUGAUCUGACACUUUGGGACCACUGCAUAGUUCAUGCUGCUGCUCUGAUUAGAGGACAAGUAUGUGCUUGGCAGAGACGCUGCUUGACUGUACCAUAUAAAAUGAGCUUAGUGGCAAGAGAGACAGGUACUGGGGGUGUGAGAGCUGGAUGGAAAUUCUGUGAUGGAGCUGAUGAUGGGAGCAGCAGAGGUGGUGAAGUUUUUCUGGUGUUCAAGUUGGUGCUUAGCUGCCUGGGCUGCUGGGCUUAGUGAGCUCCAUUAUAGUGAGUUCUUGCCUUCAUAUUUGCCAGUGUUUGUGUUGACCUUGGGAUGGAAGUAGAAAAAUACAUACUGCUUUAGCCUUUGUUUAGGCAUACAGCUUUGUAUCUAAGCACCUGGUAGUCCUUUGUGUGAUGUUGGUGGGAGUGACUGGCGCAGAAAGAGUCAGUAUUCUGUCCCUGAAAUGGAGACAUUGACUGACAAACUGUGCUUUUCAUGCUCACCUGCUCUCCUGUUUUGCCAUUUUAUCCAUAUUGUGGACCACGUUUUUCUCCCACACCACUGUUAAUGCUAUCUUUCAUGUUUGUAAAUAUUUCUCGAUGGCACUGCUGAAGUUUCACCACUAAUGAGGUAUGAUGGAAGGAUGGAUUGCUAGAUCUUCUGCAGCACAGUACUGUCAGAGCUCAGUGAAAGAGGGAACUUAUCCAUGGUGAUCUCUUAAGCUCCAUGCUGUAACAUAGCUAGGAAGCAUGAGGUAACUCAGCAGUAAAUGAGAUGCCAGCUGUUCCAUGCUGAGGGCAUCCUCCAGCUGCAUGCUCCCUACUUCUUGAGCUCCCUCCUAGAAAGGAGGCUGGUAAAUUUCUCACAGGGAUGUUGUUAGCAUGCGUUCAGAACUGUACAUCUUGGUGCACUUCAGAAAUACUAAUCAAGCUCCCAAAUUUUUGGUGCCGUACCUGCUUUACCAAAAUGUGGGGAGGUCAAGAAGUUCAGAACCUCAGAGUACCGCAUCACUGCCAUCAUAGUACUGCUAGGACACAGUUCCUAUAUGGCCAUUGGGGUGAACUGCCUUGGAAAAACCAGUUACAUGCUGAACAAGCAUGUCACUCAUGUGGUGUGAGCAGCAAGCAGUCUGAGGACCCUGGCUCCAUAAGCUUCUCUUUCUUCUUGAGGCAGGAUAUGCAACACUGCCCAUGGAACAAAUGGCUGUUGCUGAAAGUGGCAGAGUGUGGUGGCUUAGGCAGGUGGUUCCUAUCAGCUUUAUAAAAUGAACCAAUUCGUUAGGUAAAUGUUUGUGGUGCAGUGGGCAGGGCAGCAAGGGGACAUUUCACCUGAGAGCUAACAAAGCCAAAUGGGCAGGGAAAGCUGCUAGACAAGGCCAUGUUGGGUUUCUAUUUAAUCAGGCUAUCUGAACUGAGACAAAAUUCAAGGUGCUGUGGAAUGUUUCUUUUUUGCUUGUCUGGUUUUUAACCAGUGAUGGACUUGGUAAAUCAUCCCUGUGCCUGUUCUCCUGAAUGGUGGGAUUCACACUCUGUGUGAGAGCUUGUUGCCAGCCCUUGAGAUGAUCAAACUCUGAUGUGUUUUGAAGCUCUCUGUGUAGGCAAGGCAAGCUGUAUAUUAGCACAAAUUAGGACAGACGGUGGUAGAUUCUGCAUCCCUCAAAGUCUUCAAAUCAAGUUUGGGACUGUUCCCAAGAGACGUAUUUUAAUUAAACACAAUUUUAGUUAAAAACAGGAAUGUCAGACUGAAGAAGGUUUGUGCUGUAGAGGAAGCUAGACUAGAUGAUGUAAUUGUUCUUACUGUCCUUACUAUAAAAACAGAUGUUUACUGGUCAAGGGGAUGUAUUUAAACAAAGCUGUCUCUGGAUAACAGACUUAAAGUAUGUUAGUCUAGCAUAUUCAUGAAAUCCUUCUCAUUUUAGCCCAUUUUGGGUGACCUAAAAAAAAUCACUUACAGAAAAUCAACUUUAUGGAUGCAGUAAAUAGUGCCAUACAUAUGCCAUGGCCACAAUGGCAGCUGUGUUGGUGCCAGCUAUUACAAGCUUUUGCAGGGAAUGAACAAUUCAGACUGCAUUGUGUGAAACUGUUGCUUGGUUCUGGCUUUCCCCCAUAGCUAUGUGUGCAGGACUGCCCCAUGUGUGCCUGUGGUGGCUGGGGGGAGGGGCUACCUUGGGGCUUCAGUGGUGGCCCUGAAGCCAGCAGACAGAGAAAUGGUCACCAUCUUCGGAUUGAAUCUGCAGCAUCUGAGUAAAAGCACACAUUAGGCCAGUCCUUGAGCUAGCAAAGCCACUGUUAAAGUGUGUUUUGAAGCUGACAUUACUCUAAAUAACUUUGAAAUUCUAUUCCUCACCUUUCUUUAAAAGAGGAUCAGUAAAUUCUGCCCCAAAGGAAAAAACUCCUACACCAUUCUGCAUUGUAGGUCUGUUGAGUGUUCUGCACACCUACACAUGUGGUCUGUCAGGGGUCGCUGGGGAGAGGGGAGAGUGUGGGGGCAGAAAGGAAUAUUAAUUAAGCUUGUCACUGCUGGAGGGGUUGUAUGCAUUGUGCACAAGGAGAUUCCAGGUAGAGCUGGGUGUGCUUUUUCUGUGUAGUAUAAAUUUAGUUAGAAAAAUAAAAGAAAAAGAAUUGCUUUUGAGGUAACCGGCAUUAUUCACAUACGGUGUUUCUGGGUGGAGUUGGGAAGUGCAGGGUUUGUUUCCAUACAGAACAGGGCUUGCAGCUCUCCUCUGGGCAGGGCUGAAAGUCCUGCCUUCCAUCUGCACUGCUGGAGAGGUUGGGGAGUCUCACCUUUGCCCACAUCAAAGCACUCAGCAGAGUGUCUGCAGGAAUGGCAAACAGCAGCCACACUGCAGGGACAGGGAGGGGAGGGACUUGGGGGGGCUUACUCCUUUCUUUCAUAAAUGUUAGCGAGCACAUCAGGUGUUUUGCUGAUGGGGACUCAAGCCAAUAGCUUAUUAAUGUUUGCAAUACAUUUCUGCCACACUGAGUGAAAAUGCAAAGUAUUAUUACAGCAUUCACCUGUGCAUUUAGAAUAAACAUUGUUACUGCUAUUUUGAAAUGAGGAAACUACAAUUUCCAGAUCAGCUUGCCCCCUGUGCAUGCAUAAAGCCCUUUAUUCUCAUUGUUCAGGUACUGGUAUUUUCUUUUCAGACCAUAAACUUCACUUUCACAGUGCAUCAGGAAACGUUCCGUCUCUCCGCAUUUCUCGGGAGCCAGGGCAAGGGAAGGGCAGCUUUGAGUCUUUAUGUUCUGAGUAAUAAACUACAAGUCAAUUUCAUGGUAAUCUCUUCUCCACAUCUUGAAGGAAUGGACUGAUUGUCUGGGAGAGAGCUCUUCCUUCAGCAUCUAGAAGGGUCUUUGGUAGCAUCUGUCUCACCUGUGCACGAGAUACUUCAGUCUAGGGUUUUGUCCUCUUGGAAAGGACUUCCUGCUGUUGCUGUAUCAAUCUUUGAAAGUGCUAAUUCUCAUCAGAGAACCAUGUACUUACAAUCUUGAAAUUCAGGAUAAGGAUUUCCUUAAAUUGCUCAGGAUUUUCACGGGACGCAUGCCAGAAAGGCAGACCACCACCACCACCAUCUCAAGAACCAUGCUGGAGCACGUGUCAGAUCACAGCCCAGGUGCCAGAUAAGGGCUGCAUUUUGAUGUCCACUAUGCACAGUGCAGAUUUUGCCAGCAACCUUAAUUGGGAAGUAGCUGAUCAAAAUCAAAGGAAAAGAUGUGGAUGUCAUGCUCAAUAUACCCUUCUUUCCAAGACUUCUUAGGAAUAUAAUACAAGGGAAGUGCCCCUGCAUCCUUUUGGGGAGGCGAUAAUAAGCGCAUGAGGAAUUUCCAUGUUCUCUCCUUUGACCUUCAUUAUGGAAUAUCCUUCAUUGUUCAUCCUAGUGUUUUUCUUCUCCUAAAUAUUUUCAUGAAUUUCAGAGAAAGUGUAUACCAAAGCUGAUCUGAAGGGUCUAGAACGACUCAGAAAUAGAGAGAGGUUCAGGCUAAACCACCAACUUUCACCUCUCCCUUUAGAAGUGUUCAGCAAACCCUUGAUCAUUGCAGGGAAUCAAACUCACAUGCUGACUGAAUCCCAAUUCUGCAUUAAGGUCACACAGCCAUUCUUUUAGACUCUUUUGUAGUUGUAAAAUGUUCUUUAAAAAUGCAGGAAGAAAUGUUCCAUCUUUACCUUGAUGGCAUUACCUUUUUGUGUUGCAGCAGAGAUCAACAGCCCUCCCUCCAGUUUACUCUGACUUUCUUCCAUCACCGUAGCCUGGGUCAGCAGUAAUGGGGACAGGUCCAGGAAUAAUCUGUCUCAUUGAAUUGUGGAUGUAAGAGAGAUUCAAAAGCAUUCAAAUAAAUUGUCAUCUGUGUUGAUAGUCAGGUCACCUAAGAAUCAGAAGUUUCUGUACAUGUUAAGCUAUUACUUCACCUGUUCCUUAUCUGCCACCUCUGCCACGGUUUGUUUGUUUGCUUGAUUGUUUUUCACUAGAAGUGGUUUCAAAGAGAAACAUCAAUGAGAAGUGGGUGAAUUAGGAUCUUUGCUGUUGAACUUCUAUUUGACAGUGGGACAACAUUGUCCCCAUUAAUCAUAAGGGAGGAAAGGAGGAGAAUAAAUCUGUGGCAUCAUAAUGUGUCUCUCAGAUAAAAUGAUAGCAUCAACUUUUUUAUGCACUUUUGAAAUGCUCAAGAAAUGAUCUCAAAACAGUGGCAACCACAUGAAUACGUUGAUAGAGCCUUGCUGUGUGAUGCUAUAGUAUUUAAUUUUAAUCAGAAGGAGAUUUUAAGUUGUACAUAUUGGCACCAUAUUUGCACACCAUACUUAUGUUAUUUACCAUAAACAUGGCUCACCUACCAGGAAUUGAUCCAAAAAAAUGAUCAGUAGGUGUUACUGACCUUGAAACAGCAGAAGGAGUGAGGAGAAAUGCCAAAGGUGUGUCAACAUUCUAAGAAAAUAAGGCAAAAAUUACCCCUUACAGUACAAUUGCUGCCAUAUGUGGACCAUGAUUUACAAAUUCACUAAAAGAUAGACCAACUUCUCAGUGCUCUCAGUCAAUAUUCUUUGACUGACUUCAAGCCUAGAGGUUGGCCAGGUGUUUUCAGAAGGCUCAGCCUAAGUAGUAUGAGUCCUUGGUCUUUAUUUAAAAACAUGCACAUUUUACUAGUUGAGUACACCCAACACAUGGAAGAAAAUAGAUUUUUCAGUCCCAGAUGAGUGUGGCCUUGUUCUGGUUCAGUCUGUUUCUGGUGAUGCUAUGUCAUAGGCUUCAAAGUGAAGUGAGACAUCUCAGCAGACAUUGCAGAGCAGGCAGCAACCAGCCUGAAUUUCUCCCUGAUUUGAUGGAGUUUGGACUUGAUUGUUCAGUUUCCAGUGUACUAGGAUUUGAUUUUCUGUGAACAGCUUCUUCCUGCAGUACAUGUUUUUCUACUGCAUCAAACCUCACUUCACUCCGUGCUGAGCUCACCUCCCUGCCCCAUCUCUAAUCUGUUCCAGUCUUUUUGUUCUCAGUCUCUCCUCACAUGGAAAUCUUCUACAGCCCACACUGUUAGCAUCUGUCCCUGGAGCCUGUCCUCUCCAGCUCUGUUUGCUCUAAGGCUGAAGGGGAGUUGGCACGAGUAGGAUAUGCCAUAGAUUUACCAAGUGGGGCAUAACCUCCUAAGCAUGACUUCCCUCCUGGCUGUACAUCAUAGCGUGGUCCUUGCUUUUAGCCACUCCAUGAGUGGUCUGUAUCAUCUUUGUGACCACUGCAGGUCUGGAGGGAGCUUGUUUGGCAGCCAUGGGAGCCACAUGGCCUCACUGCCAGCACACGUGCUUUCAUUCCCCACUGCUCCAGCUGGGGAUGUGGUCAGGCUGCUGGCACAUGAGAUCACAUCCAGCACGGCUACUCCCUGGAAGCCAAAGUGUUGCUUAGUAACCCACUCAUGGAAGUACCAGAAGCAUUUUUCAAUCUGUCACGUCGCUGAAAAACACUGGCUUCUUGAUUUAGAGGCAUUCUGCUGUGUGUAGCAGGGCUGUGCUCCAUUACCUUGCAUCCAGUGCUAUCUGCAAAGAGGGAAUGAACCUCCCUGUCUUGGAGCAGCUGGGAGGAAAAAGACACAGAAAGGAUUUGACCAGAAUUACGUGUGAAGCCUUUAGUCAGUUCUCCUGACAUCCAGACCUCGUCUUAACUCCCUUCCUGUGGGAGAUAUUCCCUCCUUAUGGAAGUGCACUCCAGGGUCCUAUAGCAAUUGGCCAAACAGGACCCUGCAGCACCUUCAUCUAUUAUGAGACAUUACUGCAAUAAAACAUGGUGUGUCAUACAGAAACUGGAUGAGGUAUUGCAAUAUUUAUGUUGUAAGCCUCAGUGUCACGGACAAUUGCUACGGAAUAAUGUAUGUCUUUUUUUAAUGCGGUGGAGUCAUAGCAGCUUCAUAAGAGCACAUGGAGCGCAGACCAUCUGGGAUUAUAUGGUUUCCUCAGUUAUUUUCAAAUUAUUGUGUUAUCGAGAAUUAAAUGAAAAACAUCCUCUCAUUUAAAAAUAGACUGUUAAGGGCUUUUAGGUUACUUCCCUUCUUUUAAGAUUAAUUCAAUUUGGGGGCAAAACAUCCAAGAACUGUGUUCUGACUUGAAAGACUUGCUCCUUUAUCUGGUUCUGGUUUGUCCUUAAAAGUGGCUUCAGGAAAUAACUGGAGGGCUUGUUUUUUUGUUAUACCUUAUUGAUUUCUGCUAUCAAAUCUCCUCAGGAAAAAGGUAUUUAUAGAAUGUCUAGCUCUGUGCUCUGGUGUCCAGCUGGGCUCUUCCCAUCCUGCUUCUUGUAACAGUGAAUGGAGUCAUGGUCUGUAUCAGGACACUGUAUGACCCAUUUCUAUCUGUGUUCCUGAAAGCCCUCUGCAAAAACUGAAGGUGUUUUAGGAAGGUCACUGGAGGUCCAAAGUGACCAGAAGAUAGAGGUUGUCUGACAAGUGUUCCUAAGAGGCUCUUUCAGUCUUCAUGGAUUCUCUUACCCAUGACCACGGCACAACUGGGGUAUGCCAUAGAUUUACCAAGUGGGAUGUGACUUUUAUCCAUUCUCAGUACUGUGGUGAUGAAAUCAUCAAGGUUUGUUUCCUGUGUGAAUCCCUUUCAGCAAAGGGUCAGUGACACGCACAACAGCCAUGGUGUAAAACUUAGUGCAGAGUGGAGAUGAAAAAAUGUCCUGCAACAUGAGAAGAUCCCAAUUUGAUUUCUGAAGAAUUUCUGAGGAAGAAAGUGAAUUCCUAUUGUCCUUACUAGUCUAAUAGUUAAGUUUGGCUAUGGGAUACAGUCUCUUUCUAUUUUAGUUUACAUGUAAUUUAAGAAAUAAAUACACAAAGUGGUCAAAACAAUUCCUGAUGUCUGGUGUGUCACCAGUGUGAGAGCGAUUGAAUACCCUGGGGGUCCUUGAACAGAAAUGUCUGUCUCACACAAAUGUUCAGAAAGAACUGGCUUCUCUGGGCAGCAGGGAGCGAUUUUAGCAGGGGAGUGAAAGGCUGUGGAAGGAGGCCUGAUUUACAUUUUAAUUCUUAGAGCUGGUGGUGCCAGCUCAGGAUUGAUGGAAAUCUUGCCCUCAUGAUGCUAUGCUCUGUGGAGGGACGAUUCAGAGAAGCUCUAAAUGUACAAUGCAUUGUUUGUUUGAGAAGUAGCAGGGUAUCUAUUUCCAGUCUUCUAAUACCUUGACCUUGGAGUUUGUUCGUAAUUAAAUAGUCUUGUCUAACCAGCUAGCCACUGAAGCAAAAGAGCUGUUGUUAUAAAGAGAGUGGGCGAGGGAAGAGGAGGCAGAACAGGUAACUUCUAGGCCAUACUGAGAGAGCACAAUGAUUCCCUGCAGACACAGCACCUCUUUCUUCUGCAUGGUCUGCAAGAUAAAAUGAUUUAAGCUGAGACACGUUUUAGAGCACCUGAGUUAGUUGGCUAUGUAACAGGAGCUGUUCUAUUAAUGUCCAUUCCUGCUGUUUAGUUUUUGAGGUUUUUAUCUGUUAGUAUACUUGAAGCCUUCUUUUAAAUAUUGGAAAUGCUCUGUGUUAUCUCUGUCUCACCUGAGAUCUGCUUUCUCUUAUGGGAAUAACAAGGUGGGGGCUAAAACCUGCUCUGCCUCUUGGCUGUACAUACUCCUACCCAUACAUGACAUAUAUGGCACACGUGUAUGUUGAGUGACUGCAUCAUAGUGACUUUUGUAACACGUUGACUGUGGUAUCAAGAUAAUAUGGCUGGAGAAAACUAGGAAUAAUUCAUUUGGUAUGAAUAGAAAAUCAGUUAGUGAAAGGGCAGUACAGCUGAGGAAGUUUUCUAACUCUGAACCACCAUCAUGUCUUCUCGAUAUGCCAUCUCUGUGUCACCUGAAUAGAUCUUUGUCCUUUUUGCUGCAUAAAAGAAAUUGACUUUGUUGUCUUUGCUCCAAGCUGAAGUCACCAGCGUUCAGUCUUUUUGUAAUGUGCUGAUGAACUGAGAAGCCAGCCUUGACAAGGGUUUGCCAACUUCCAUAGCUUCCCACCAGAAUAAUUGAAUACCAGUCAGUGAAUAGAUGGGAGGGAGGGGUUCUGGGAUGCUGCUGACUGAACUGUGCGAUUGAGGUAUCAGUCUUCAGGGCAAUAGUGACAAGAUUUUAUAUCAAUGCUUGUGAGAAAAAUCUGGCAGUCUCAGAUGAAGCUGGUUGUCCUGUUUGUCACACAGUAAGCACAGAUGCAAGCCAGAAUGACUGAGUGAGAAAAUAAGGUUUUCUGUCUGACAAAUACUCCAGAUAUCACUCUUGCUUAUGAGAAAAAAAGCCUUCUGUGAAUGAUGCUGGUGUGGCAAGGAGGUGGGCUCAUAGGGCUAGAGAGACACGUCAUACCAGCACCCUUGUCACAAUGUCGUCAAUCAUGUAAAUGUGCAAGAAUAGGAUAAAAAUGCUUGUCAUUUCGUUCAGAUUGCUUUUCAGCUAAGUACACUACCUCCAGGUCACCUGUUGCUACCCCACUGAGGCCUUGUUGGGGUUCAUGCUAUGCUACUUGGCAUUCAUUUUUGGUGGCCACAGGCUAAGGUAACAGGUUUAGGAACCAGUACAUAACAAUAAGAACAGCUUCUUGUGUUAUUUUUCUCUUUCCCUCCUUUGUAAAGUGUGAACCUUUCUUUUGAAAUCUGAAGUGACUGUAUUGUUACAAUGUGUGUAUGUAGAUAUUUGUUUUGAUAUGGCUUGUGUGGAGGACCUUUGCUCCUUUUAUCUCACACUCUGUUUUCUUAAGUGCUUGAUAGCUUUGCAGGCCUUUUGUGAGGGUGGAGAGCUGGUGGUGUGGGCUUUUACUCUUCAGAUUUUAUGCUUUCUGAGGAAGAUUUGCACAGCUUUGCACAGAACGACUGAGAAUGCAGGGUGCUCUCGAUUGUUCUUAAGCUGUCCUGAUCUGAUUUCUUCCAGCAGAUACAGAUCCAUUUUGAAACCCUCAGAAAAAUAUGUUACUCAGUGCUGUAACCAAGGAGGUCCAUCGCUUUGUCAUGCACAGAGACAUGCACAGUGUUUCCACCUGGCCUGAAAGUGUCUAUCUGAGCACAGAGUGAGUCCCACUCCUCACUCAUAAAACUGAUGAUGCUCCAUGGCUAAUGAUGUUGCACCUACCAAGGACCAGCCCUUCUGUGUUUUUGUGGUUAGGAAGCCCAUGAGGGAAAUCCUAUAGGUGCUGGAGAGGAGAGGGCAACAUGUAUGGGAACCUCUCAGCUUUGCAGGAUUUCUUUGGUAUUCACACACAUUUGCGAGAAUGUAUUCCAAACAUCUUGUACUGUUAUUAGUAACUUGUACUGUAGUUUGUUAGCUGUGUUGACUACCUACAUUACUAAUAUUCUGUUGAAAUUUAGUAAAAGUGUGAACGAUUGCAGAAAACAGGAGUUUAGAACUUGUAUGUACUUUUUUUUUCUUUUUUUCUUUCUUUUUUUUUCCUUCUUUUUCUUAUUAAAGCACUUCGAUUAAAAGUCCAAGGAAAGAUGUUCCUGUAUCCUUUGCUGCAUGUUCAAACAGAAGUGUGAUAAAGAGAGGAGAGUGCUCUGAGAUUCUCCCUUCUUGCUUUGGUGCAAACGAGGUGGUCAGACUCUGUGGAGGGGCUCUACAUGUUCAAAUUUAUUCAGCAAAGCAGACGUCUGUCAACUAGUCUGGUAUCUGUUAUGGACUAACGCAGUGCCUGAGGGUGAGGGCCAGGCUGGGCGAGCCCCAAGUGUCAGAGGGAAUGCUGAGCCAUUGCUAAGCAGUGAUUCACCGAGUGAGGAGCUACAAAAGGGCUGGCAACUGGGGGAAGUUAAUGAAUGAGUCCACUGUGAAGCAUGUUGAUGUAAAAGGAGGAAAAGUGUUCUCUUUCCUGAGUUGUUUCAGGUGUACCGGGGAGCUGUGGGUCAGGACACUGGAAGAGUGGUGUCAGAGGAUGGUUGUGCACAACUCACCACAUCCCAGAAACUGUUUGUCUUUCUCCCUUAUGAAAUGUGUGUAUCCAAAUAGUCAUCUGGAUCACAUAGCUGUGGGAUCAGAGUGCACAAACAGAUCUCUACAGUGGCUUGUGAUGUGGUGAUCUCAGCCCAGUUCUUAGUAGCCAGAUGCCCGUAAUAGGAAAACAACCAUCAAAACUGUCUCUUUUGCUGGCACUGUUUAAUCAAAGGAACAAUGGGGGAGAAUGGCAGUCCUAUUCCUACAAAGAGCCCUUCAAUGUCAAAUUUGCCAUACAGUAGAGUAGCAUUCACCUCUGUGGCACAGACCACAGCCACUCCAGAGAGGAACAAAAGCUCUCAGACAGCAUGCAAUUAAUCGGGCAUCUAUUAAAGCAAGCUUGGGUAAUUCUGAAGGAACGCAACAGAUUUCUGCUUUACAUUAUUCUAAGUAGUAUUUUUUAACUCUACGCGUACACACGGCUCAAAGUAAGAAACAGGAGCCCAUGCUUCUGGCAGCUGUUUUCUUCCAAGUCGCUGUUUUACCUCCCUGGCAUCUCAUAAUUCCAAGACAAAAAACAAGUAAAGCACAGCAAAGGAAGAACGUUAAAAUGCUGAUGACUUUCCUGCUGCCCACAGCCAUGAGCAGGUGCCCAGUGCAGAGCAAACAAUUAGUUUCAUGGCCAAGGGCACUAAUGAAAGCUGGUUUCCUAUGGAUUUAUGACAACACGUUGCCUUGGUGCCAGAGACUUGAGGAGUUAGACUUCGUUAAUAUCUUGAAUCCAGAUGAGGGUUUUAUCAACAAUUGGCUCUGGAAUGGUUUAAUGAACUCUGAAGUGGUGAUAAAUGUAGAAAAAAAUAUGUAUUGCACAUGAGAGACUGAAUUUAGUGGAAUUUCAAAGGUAGUGUAGAAAAACUGAUGGAAGCAAGUGUGUUUUGUCUGCUAAGUUCUAAAAAUGGGAUUAGUGCUGUUUGUAUUUCUGUGCUGUCUGUCCACACUUCUUAAAACUUUUUCCAGUGCAACUAUUUUGAACAGCGGUGUAAUUAAUUGCCACUAUCAUGAUAUUUCCAAUAAAAGGCAUGGAGUAGUUGCAGCAGUGAAGUAUAAAGGUGUAAAUAAACAAUAUGUUUUCACAAAUAAGGAAAAUGUCCCAGGUAGGUUUUCUUUUAAAGCUAUUUAGAAACAAUUUGGAAAAAGAGGACAAAAAGUGAGGUGAGAAGUUUACUGAGAAUGAAAAACUGUUCUGGGCAGUCAAAACAGGAGCAGGUUGUGAAGGGUUGCAGAAGUUUUUCACGCUUAUGAAUGACUGGGUUGUAAAAUGGCAGAUGAAAUCUACUGUUGAUAAAUGCACAGUAAUGCUUCUGGGGUAAAACACCCACCCUAAUUAUACAUGCAUAAUGAGGGGCUCUAGAUUAGCCAUCAGUGCACAGGAAAAUGAUCUCAGCAGCAUCGCUAAUUCUGAGAGAAAAUGACAGGUCGAGUCUGAGCAGGUGUCAAGAAGCAUGUAAAAUAUUAGGAAUUACUGGGAGGGGGGAAAGAAAAGGAGAAAACAGAAAAUGUCAUCAGAUCCCUGCAUAAAUCCAGGGUGCGGUCCUGGUCUAGGAAGUGCCUGCAGCACUGGUUCUUCCUCCACAAACCCUACCCUCCCAUCCGCACAGCCCAGCAUAUACGUAUCCAAAAAGCCUUUGGGUGAGUUAAGGGAGGCACAGAGGACCAGCAGGAAGCCUUGGAGCUAUGGGACAGCUUCCCUAUGAGGAGAGAAUAUGCAGCGGGACUCCUGGCAGGCCAUGAGAUGGCAAAGCAGGAGAGCCAGGUCUGCAGGUUCACCAGGAAUCAACCACCACAACCUGCUGCACAGCUGGGCCCAGGAGCACCAGGCUGAGUACACACAACCCAGUGAUAAGGUAUGUAUCACUUUCCUUCUCAUGUUGUUUUUUUUUGCCUCCAAGAUCCUUUUAGAGGUUAUGGUUAGGGAAAGUGAAUCCCAGUGACAUGCUGUGUUACUCUGGUUCUCACCUCUUACAUUGACAGAGCUGUUUCCAUUCCUGGAUAUCUUUCCUACCUCUUUGGUUUGUGCCCGUACUGGGGGAGGAAGACUUUCACAACACUUUCACCAUGUUUGAUCAAGUGAUGUUGUGACUGCUUAUUUAAUAUGGCAAAGCUGAUAAAGGUUUAUCAAAUGGCUUGAAGUUGAAGCUCUCAGCAUUAGUCUGGCACCAAAACUGUACAAAAUGAUAGGGUCAAACUCAGCAAACCACAGCUAAAUUCAGAGGGUGGAAACCAUGUAAGCCAAGGGCGAAACUCACAUCCCCUUGUGUGGGACUGGGUUUAUUUCUACGUGUAGGAGUUUCCCAAGAAGUUAUGAAGGUGACAGCAAAGACUGAAGCAGACCUUUCACAACAGUAAAAAUUGAUUUAAUGGCUUUAUAUUUUGUGCUCCCAAAAGGCCCUAGCGUGACUAUGUGUUUUGAUAGUGCAAUAGCUCGCAGCUUUGCCAUCUCUGCUUCAGUAAUUUCUUUGUGUGCUCACCUUAUUCCUGGGAAACAAGAAUCCUCAGGAAGGGAAGCAGCCUCCUCCCUGGGGCUGCCUGCCUGGUGCUGAGCAGCAGAAAGCCCUGUCAGUCUCGUCGAGGAGCUACAGAGAGCAGAAGUACCUCCCCGGCAGCCUGACCUUGGCAAGGAGACCGGGGACUCGACAUUCGCGACAGGCAGCAUCUCUCUUUAAUAAAUAUUUCACGGCAGAGAGCUGCAGACUUGGGGAGAAAAUGGAGGGCAGGGUUCAGCCAGUGACGCAAGGUGAUGUGACCGGACCUUGUCUAGUGGGGCUGGAGGCCACCUAAUUGGCAUUCCUGCGCCAUGCUUGUGAAGAGCAUUCUCAAGUCCUCUGGGAACACAAAAAUAAUUAAAAGGCCCCUCAGCACACAGUGUUGCUAAUGGGCUAUUGCCUGCCAUGUGAUGUUUUUGUGCUCAAUUAGAGCCGAGCAACACAGACUGCUAAAAAUUCACAUCUCCCUCUGAGAGACACCUGGGUGGACCAAAUCUCCUCUUCGGAUGCACAACAGCCCUCCUUGCACAUCAUUGCCCCGCGGCGUUCAUGAUAAGGAGCUGAAGGAAGAAGAGACAGCGAAGCUUCGUGCAGCAAAGUACACACUGCUUUGUUUUCUGCUUGGCAGCAUGAGCUCCAGCACGGGCAGCCUGAGCAUUCAGUUCAGAGCAGCCAUCCCAGCAUGCCCUCAGUACCGCCGCGGUGACCUUGGGCUGCAGAAUGACUGUGCAUAUGGCGUGAAGCAGAGGCCCUGGACUUCUUCCAGGCAAGCGCUCGCUAGUGCACAGCACGUCUGUGUUGCUGCUGGCUGCUCCCAGAGCAGUGCACGCUCAGCCAGCGCCAGCUGCGGCCGCCUGGCACAGAGCCUCCACAGACCCCCUCCCUUGCCCCCAGCCUUGUGCUCCACACAGACCCUGUAUGAGAUGAUGCCGAGAGACCUAUCAACACCUUCCAUGUUUUAUCAAGAGAGAACCGGCCACCCAAAGACAGUUUCUCUCUGCAAUCUCAGCAGUGCUCUGUGCUCAGGCCCUCUCCCGUUUAACAGCCCUCUUGUGCCAGCUCGGUGCCUGAUGCCUGCUCUCCCACAGCCCUGAUGCACCCUGCAAGCCAUCCAUGCUGCUUCAUUUGGGCCCAAACAAUUCGUCUCUGAGGUACAGUUGGUUGAGUAUUCAUGGGCUAAACUUUAGGUAAUUAGCAUUGUUAAUGUUCUCUAUGCGAUAUUACAGCUGUGGGCCUCAUUAAAACGUCCUCUUGGGAGAAGCCAGGCAAAGAGUCAGGUGUCAGCCGUGCUUCGCGUGGAAAAGCCCGCCUGCUAUUUGGGAGCGUUGUUUGUUCAAACACAGGGCAGGAGGCCCCCGGGUCACCUUCCUGCGGCACAGCCACGAACAAAGCCGAUCGUAACACCAUGACUCCAUUCUCUAUGCAAGGAAUGGGUGAGGUGAGCACAUGGCAGCUGUUACCACUCCAGGCAGUGCCCCAGUGAGAGGUCCGGAGGAGUCUAACUCAGGCAGUGAGAGCUUCAAGGAUGGGCUCUGCAUUCACUCUUUUUGUGACCUUUCCGAGUCCUUUUCUCCAGGCUGGCAGCAGCUGGUCAGGCAAUUAUUUAUGAACAAGAGUGGAGCUUUUCCAGUUGAAGGUGGUUUCUGUGUGCAGAUGCCAAUGCAACACAUGGGCACAUCCAAGCUGUUUGCAGGCUCUGAGCUCUGACAGAGAAGUAUGUUAACAGAUACAGGCACAUGUGUGAUUCUCAUCUUGCCAUCCUCUGAAACCAAUGGCUUCAGCUUCUGGAUCUUUUUGCUAGUGGGAGCAGUAGAUCAGUGGCUGUAAGAGCAAAGGGAUGGAGAGACCCCAUGGAGGUACGGGAUUCCUGGUGUGAAGCUGAGGGCCUGGCUGGGAAUGAGGAGUGGUAAUGGGUGAGUGUGAGGAAGCCAAACACAAUGGAAAGCGGGAAAGGGAAUGUAGGGUGGGGAUGGAAGAUUACUUGGCUGCAGGGAGAUGAUUUGUAUAGUGGGAUGCUGAUUUGUAUUAUGCAAAUAGCAUGCACCCACUGUGCAGUGUUUCCUUGGUUUUAUUGUGGUGGUAGAGGAGUGCUGGCUGCCCCCCAUACUGCUGCUACUACCAGUGCUGAAGAAAACAGUGUCCUUCCCUGAGCUGUGCUGUCAGUAUCAGCUGUCAGCACCCAAGCUCAGAUGCAAACAGAACCACCUUGCUGUGUCUGUGGAGUUAAAAAAAGAAAAUUAAGAGGAGGAAAAUAGGCUUUGUCUGUAGAAGAACUGGAGCCCAAAGACUGGUCUUCUAACAUGUCAUUUUUAGGCUGUUGUAGCAAGGCAGGGUAAAAUGGAAGGUCCCUAUCUCUGGAAUCAAAUAUGGUGAUAGUUAAUGGCCAUCUGUCUGUCUUAACAGUGUUAUUUAAUAAUUUCUCUUGCACUUCCUGUCUGUUUUUAGCCCAGCUUCCUAAGGGAAGAGCAAGUACAGCCAUGAAAUCAUCUGCUUCCUACUAAUGUUUUCUAAACUCCUUGGUCCUUUUGGCCAAGUACAAUGAAACCAUAUGGUUGUUAAGUUCUUAUAAUUUUUAUGAAAACACAUGACUAUCAGAGCGGGGAGAUGGAAUAAGAAAUGUCUCGUUAGUCCCUUCUGAAUGAAAGGACACAGCAUGACAUUACACCAUACUAAACACUAGGGAAUAAGAGAGAAAGAUUACGAUUGCCCCAGCUCAAUUGAAAUUUGCAAUCAGAGCCUGAGACUUAAAGGCGUUGGAGAAUCCCAGUAAGCAAUAUAAAGCCAUAGAAAAAAAAUGCUCCAUUUCAUCCACUGUUCAUGGCACAUCAUCUCUCAUGCUAUGGUUGAAGGAUAAAAAUGUCUUCUGGAAAUUUCACGGAGGACAGCGUGAGGCCAAGAGCACAGGAGGUCCCCAGAGAGGGCAGGAAGCUGACCAGAGAAUUAUUUUCCUACUGAAGUGCUGCUAAUAAAAGUGUAUGGCAUUGGUAGCGUUACCUGUAGCACCAGACCAUCCCUUGUGCUUUUUUAGAACUUUUUACUGCAGCUAAAACAAGGAUCAUUUCUGUCAUCCUGGACCUUCUCGAAGAUGGGAGGAAUCUGGGGCAGAGGGAGCUCAGAAGAGAAGCACAAUAACAAUUCUCCAGCAGAUGAGCAUUUCCACGUACCGGAGAUCAGUGAUGGCACCAAUGAGGCACACAGAUCCUGCUAGGUGCCCACAUCCAUAUUAUUCCUGAAGAGAAGUGGCCCUUCUGCAGAGGCAGUGCAGCGGAUGCCCUGGAGCCUGGCCAAGGGAGGCUUUGUGGCUCACUGCUUGCUGGUUGUGCCCCCGUCCUCCAUUUACCUGCCCAACGGAUUUGUGUGCGCAUCGUAUCCUGAUGCUGUGGUGAGCAUAGACCAAGACAAUGGACACAUCCUUUUCUAAUAAUGCAAAAGAGAAAGGGGAAUGCUGAUCUCUUCACAUCUGGCUGCAGGUAAGUGUAAUAGGACUGUAGGGUCAAAUAACUGAAUGCUUUCCCGUCUCCUUCUGGAAACCAGGCAGGAGGUCAGCCAGCAGAAGAUGAGAUGAGACCCAAGGCAGGGCCAUGGGUCUCAGCCUGGCAUUUGAAACUUAACCUCAUCGCAACAAGAAGAGCUCAAAUGCUGCUUCAGCACAACCCUAAUUAAAACUGUAUCUUUUUAAUUAAUGGUGUAACAAAUGGGGCCAGACAUUUAUUGCGUAUCAGAAGCUGGUUUGCUCUGGUAAAACAUGAGCAGCACUUGCACGGAGGUUCACACUGACACAUAACCUGAGACACGUGUGCAUUAAUGCACAGACACGGGGUUAAUAGUGCCAAAGAAACACAAGGGAAAAAAAACACGUUUCUGGUCAAGACAUUGUGAAAAGCUGUCCUUUUUCUCCCCAGGUGCCUGUAUCAAGUUUGAGAGCAAAGGAUGGAAGAAGACAAAAGAAAUGAUUGAAAUCACUGGCAGGGGUAAAAAGCCUCAUAUGGAUGGAGACACUGUAAGGAUGGUGAUGUGCUGCUCACUUUGCCAGCAGAAACCUCAUGACAACUGAUACUACCCUGGUCUCCAGUGGGAACAGCUGACCAAGCAUGGCAGUACAGAAUUGUAUAAAGCUUCCUCUGACUUGGCUGCAGGAGGAUUGUACCACAUGCAAACAAAGAAGCCCUGUGCAUAUUAUGCAAGCCAGUCCUGUGGAAAAUCACUUUCAGGAAUGACUUAGGUGGCGCUGGCACAUUCGAUUGGAUCUGUUUCCAAGAAGACCUUCAGCUACUGCAGCGAGAUGCAUUAGUUUUUGUGAUGGGUAAAUUUGUGACUGCAAUUCCAAAUUUGGCAAGAAAAGAAGAACCAUUUUCCUGGCAGUCCCCUGUUGGUAGUGAGGAGAGCAGACAUGGGGAGCCUCAGAACAGAUGGCAGUAUGAGAUGGAGCAAGAAUGCUUCAGGUAUGGAAAAAUGUGUUCUUGAGGGCAUCUGCUGAGGUCCCAUCUCUGGAGACUGCAGAGGCACGGAAGAUAAAGCAACUUCGGUGAAUAUUCAGUAGGGAAAAUCCUGCUGAUUAUACAGAGCAUUGUGGGAUGAACUGCCAGGGCCUUUGUUGUCUGCGACUCCACUACUAUUGUUGUAUUCGUGUGUUCUACAACAGAUGAAUUACAGGUACCCAAGCAUCUGGACAGCCACAAACUGCUUCUGCCAAGCCCUUCUCCAUCAGAUCUCUCCUUGCUGCAGACUGAAUUUUGCUCACCAUUACACAUGCCUACAGCAGUUACUUUUCCCUGUAUGCGCAUGAACAGAUUUUGGCCCUUCGUAAUUAGGGCUACAUAUCUUCUAAGUGGUUCAGCUCUACCUACUUGGUGUAAAACUUGAACAUCCAUCAUUGAAUAAGUAUGCAAAACCUCAAAUAAAUAAAAAACCAAAUACAAUAGAAAACAACUCACUUUUAAAUA